UCUUCACUCUCCCUCGAAGGCAUGCUGAGAAGUCAYCUCUCUCUUUCGAGUCCCCCUCUCCUCGCGACAGCAGAGCCGCUUUUGCUUUCCUUCAGCACCACUUCCCCUCCUAUUCUCUCUCUCUCUAUCCCCUACAUCCCCGAAACGCUUACCAGCGAGCGUCAGCGCAGAGAGAUGACGAGAAAUUUGGGGAAAUAAAUCACGUUUCAGAGCAAUUUAUUCCUUCGAAAAAUAGAGGAUGAUGAGAACAUAACAUAGGCAGUAAAGAAGGAAAAGGAGGAAUCACAAAUUAUUAUAACCUAACGCACAAGUUCGUCAGCGGUCCAGCUGUCGGCAUAUUUCAUUUAUUUCGGGUUAAUUGCACAUUUACUGUAGACUAGCUAUGUCGCAGCGUGAGGAUAUUGAAAAAGGCAGGGGGGUAGGCUGCUGAGAGAGAGGGAGAUAGCCUUGGCAGCACAUUAUUAUAAUGAUGCUGAGUGAGUGACUGAUCCACGCAUUCAAAUUGSGCUGGCGACUUUAAUUUGGAACUACAAUUCAGCAAGGGCGAUAUUGUAUUUUCGUCUGCUUCUGGAAGGCAUCGGGAGGAACCUGCAAAUUGCCCGAACAAUGCUCCAAGUGGCGCCUUUUAUCAGGCUCGGAAGAAAGAAAGCGGAGCAAAGGACAGCAUCGAGAGAGUAACUGUGAAAGGCUGAGGCUACAGCGGAGCACCAAACGACAGGUGUGACUGGAGAGGGAUUUCAUCCCCUCUGAUCAACACAGAGAGGAAUCUGUCUCUACUGACGUCAGAACAAAAGAUUUUCAAAAGUUUCAAGAACGCUACCCUCAAAGAAGCAAGGCUGGAGUCGGCAUGAAGAUACCGGGUCUUUGAAUGGGACUGAGUAUCAUGUCUUAUGAUUGGCCUCAGUUCAUUCUUUUCAAACACCAAAGCCUAAUAAUGGUUGACACGGUUUAAUGCUCGCAAUGUUGUUUGUUCAAGAACACUUUUCUGUCUCCUAGAAGACUAAUAUAUUUGGUGGGAUUCAGUUUUGGUAAAGGAACUGAGGAAUAGAAUAGAAUAGAAUAGAAUAGAAUAGAAUAACAGGAUCUUAGGCUAAACCUACUUUUAUUCUUUUUAGAUCAGUGGAAAUAUUCAGUCUCCUAAGUAUAUUCCAUCCCAUUCUGCCCAGCUCUGAGAGGGAAACGGAUAAGAUGAUGUGGACUCCGCUCCGAUUGGGAUAUGGCUUUGAGAUCAGACAUUCCGGGAUUCGAAGCGAGGGCUCUACUGAGAUAGAGUGCACUCUGUUACUCCCACAGCCAGCAGCAUUUUCUCUGAAGGAUUUUUUUCUUGGGAAAAUCCAAGCCCACACCAAGGCCUAAGGCAAGUGUACAGUAGGGCUGCCUGGGAGCAGUCUGAAUCCUGGAGGUGUGCUGUAUCUAUUUAUCCACUGCACCWGGACCCACAGGCUCCAGGGGAGACAGACUCACAGCUCCAGCUUGGACAAGACAAGGGCUGAAGGAGCCGGCCUGAUUUGAGAUCAUCGUUAGGAUUCAAGGAGCUAAGACGUUGAGACCGAGAGGAAGGGAAGUUGACACCGGGAGAAAGGGAAGUUGAGACCGAGAGGAAGGGUAGUUGAGACCGAGAGGAAGGGAAGUUGACACCGAGAGGAAGGGAAGUUGAGACCGAGAGGAAGGGAAGUUGAGACCGAGAGGAAGGGAAGUCGAUUAUCAGCACCAUGGCGCCGGAGGGAGUGGCCGAGCUGCGUGAUUGGCUGUUCCUGCUGAUGCUCUGCCUGACUCUGUUGGCCGAGGUGCUGGAGGUUGCUGCAGCCACAGGGUACGAUGAGGAGGAAGACUUGGUGUGCCCCUCAGUGUGCCGAUGUGACGAGGACUUCAUCUACUGCAACGACCGKGGCCUCAGCUCUAUCCCCCCUYUGCCCMYMUCUGCCACUGUGCUCUACCUUCAGAACAACCACAUAGACAACGCCGGGCUUCCCACCUCCCUGGAGCGGCACCUAACYGUCCGAGUGGUCUACCUGUACGAUAACGAGCUGGAUGACUUCCCCAUGCACCUGCCCCCUUCCCUCCGGGAGCUGCACCUGCAGGACAACAACAUCCGUACGCUUCCCCGCGCCACCCUGGCCCGCAUGCCACUGCUGGAGAAAUUGCACCUGGACGACAACUCUGUCUCCACCGUCAGCAUCGAAGACAAGGCCUUCGUUGACAACCCGCGGCUGCGUCUGCUCUUCCUGUCUCGCAACCACCUGUCCAGCAUCCCCUCUGGGCUCCCGGCCUCUCUGGAGGAGCUGAGGCUGGACGACAACCGCAUCUCCACCAUCCCCACCCACGCCUUCCGCGGCCUCUCCUCCCUGCGACGUCUCGUCCUGGACGGAAACCUCCUGGCCAAUCAGCGCAUCGCAGACGACACCUUCUCCCGCCUCUCCAACCUGACGGAGCUUUCCCUGGUGCGUAACUCCCUCCUGACCCCGCCACUCAACCUGCCCAGCACCCACUUGCAACGUCUCUCCCUGCAGGACAAUGCUCUGAUCCACAUGCCCCGUGGCUCCUUGGACGGCAUGAGGAGGCUCCAGAGACUAGACCUGUCUGGCAACAACCUGACCACCCUGCCUCGGGGCCUGUUCAAAGACCUGGACAGCCUGGGACAACUGCUGGUGCGGGGGAAUCCCUGGCACUGUGGCUGUAACCUGCGCUGGCUACAUGACUGGCUGCACGCUAGGGGUAACUCCAUCACGGUGAGGGGCCUUACCUGCCAGGCACCAGAAAAGGUUAGAGACAUGACCCUCAAGGACCUGACCAGCCAGAUGGAGGAGUGUGAGGYCACAGGGGUAGUGCCUGCCGGGGCCGGGGCUGGAGCCACAGGCAGUGGGACCAGAGACAGAGUGGGUGGAGUAGGAGGAGUUGUCGYUAGCUCCACCACCCUUUCCCCUCCACAGGGCUCCCUCUUCACCCUGCGCUCCAAGCGGCCCGGCCUGGGGCUACCAGACUCUGGUCUAGACUACACCCUGGGUAGCAGUGGAGUGGGUAAGAGCCUGGCCYUGAAUGUCAAGCCCCUGGCCCACGACAGCAUUCGUGUCACCUGGAGUGUGGCCCAGCCCACCUCCUCCUUCAGACUCAGCUGGCUGCGGCUGGGCACCAGCGCUGCCAUGGGCUCCAUCACAGAGACCCUGGUGAGAGGAGACCGCAGAGAGUACCUGCUCACCUCCCUGCACCCCCACUCCAGCUACAUCAUCUGCAUGGUGCCCCUGGCGGCCAGCUCCGGGGGUAAAGGAGCCAUGGCAGGCGGAGACACUGACUCAGAUGAAGCUCCAGUGUGCGCUAAAGCUGAGACGUCAGACCCCAGUCAGCCAGAUGUGGGCCAGGAGGACAACCAGGACCCUGAACACAUGGCUACUCUGCCUCUGGCUGGGAUCAUUGGUGGAGCUACUGUCAUCGUUUCUCUGGCCCUCAUAUUCGCCAUCUUCUGCUGGUACGGGCAUCGGGCCGGACGCCUGUCUUCUCGUGAUCAAUACAGCCGUGGCAGCUCCAGAAAGAGCAAGCACUACGAUGACUACAUUGAGUCAGGCACAAAGAAGGACACCACCAUCCUGGAGAUCCGAGGCCCAGGGUUCCAGAUGACGCCCAUGGUUACCCACCAGCCGCCCAAGCCCCUCCGGGAGGAUUACAUCAUCCACACUAUAUUCCCCUCCAAUGGCACCGGCCUCUACAAAGGUGCCCACCAAGUGUCCAAUGCAGGGUAUGGCACCAACCGUGGCUAUAGAGAAAGAGGGAUCCCAGAUAUAGACUACUGUUACACGUGAUAGACCUGGCCCGUUCCACACUGUUCUAGAUGUACUGUAUGGAUACUGUAUUUUGUCCGCAUGGGUUCUUCUGAAGAACCACUCUGUGCCUUCCUCUUCUAGUCUCCCAUUCCAGCUAAGCCAGCUGUUCACUGCACUGACACUAUUUGAAUAAUUGGCUGGGAUGCCUGCAGGAAACAGCUAGCUGGUACACAGCAGCAGGAGCGAACCAACGGCCCAUUACAGGUGUUGAUACAGACUGCUUCUUCACACCCUUAGUAAUGAUCAGUGGAUGUUUUCCAUCACUGCUCCCUCUCUCRGUGAGACAAGUGAGAAGAAUGUGCAGUCUGUGUUGAAACUGCAGGAUAUUUUCACUUACAGUACAGUUCCAUUCCAGGGCUUAUGUUUGGCAAGCCACAUGAGACACCAAGAUAUAAGGUUAAAAAGUCCUGAAAGGGUCAGAGAGACAAACUUCUUAGAUACGCAUCACUUGCCCACUGGCUAUAUUUUGCCCUCUUGUCUCAUCCGUUUAAAUGCCUCAACUAUCCUGAUGUGCCCAGUUUGUCCUAUCAGUUACCUGAAGACAAGGCUCUGUAAAGCUGUGAAUAGUUCUCUUUCAAACAGCCCACAUAACCGCUUGUCUUAAAGCAGACUAGUUGUGGCCUGAUCCAGUGGUUCCACAGGGUGAGGGUCUUGUCAGGGGUGAGGGUCUUGUCAGGGGUGAGGGUCCUUGAUGAUAUCCUUGAUGACUUUCGCAAGGUUCUAUAACGGAACAAUGCAUUGAAUUCAAUGCAGCCCAGGCUUGUAGACACUUUACUUAGAUAGACAUCCACUGGACUGUGUUUGGAGAAGUCAUUGUUCCCUGCUUGUUUCUUUGAUCAGUCCCUCACUGCUACCCUUAUUUAUUGGUUUAGUUUUUUGUGAUUUUUUUUGGGGGGGGGGGGAUGACUCACACUGGACCUUGACUUUUGUGAUGGGGAAGUUACUCCUUCUUUCUUUUUUUGAGCAAGAAGAAGAUACAAAACACCUCCUGAGGUCCAACUGAUGGUUAACAUUUUCUUGACUGCACCAGCUUGAAUGUUUAUGUACACCUCUUUUUAAUUAAACUAUCUGAAGCAAAAGAGACAUUGUCCGAUUACAAUACAGAAGUUGGUUAAUAAUAGAGCCCCCCCCCCCCAUUCUCAAAUCACUCCUUUGCAACAUACGAGUCCAACCUCCAUUCUCCCUCUUGUGCCUGUGUACUUAUCCAGUUACCKUAGAAGGUGGUGGUAUUCGGGUGAGAAGGGGAGCCUCCCUCACUAGAUGGCAUUCUGUGUUGUUCCCCAGUGGGCCGAUUCCCAACAGGGCAGAGGACUUCUGUGGAGCAUCCUGUGGACAGACACAGCAGUCAUGUAAAUGUGAAUCGGGAAAAUGAGUGUGUAAACAGCGAGAUAUAUCAGGUAGAUGAUCAAAACCGUAACACUGUGGACCUGCACUGUGGGAGGGGGCGAGGGAGGUGGAGGAUCUGAGGUGGGGGUGAGACGACAGUGGGGUGAGUUCUAUUUUACUUUGUGUAGGCACUAGUGAUAGUCCUCAACUCAGUCCACUUCUCCUUCCAAGUAGCACUACAAAUGUAAAUGAAUCAGCACUUACAGUAACGUAACAGGGAGGGAGGGGGGCAGAGAAAUAGACCUUGAGAGACACAGAGGAAAAGCGAGAGACACAUUCAAAUGCAGAAGACGGCACAGAAAUGAUGGCUCUGGAACGACGGAGUUCAUCCGUGCAUAAACCUAUUUGUCAUACCCUGCUACUCCACAUUGCUGUAAUAUUUUCCAUUGCUUGUUUAUCACUUUACUGUUUCCAAGGUGGAAAUGAAUCGUGUUUCCUUGGCUGUUCUGUCUGAUAGGAUUUCAUAGUAGGCUGACUGUCAGACAAUAUGUCUGAGGAGUGUUCAUUUUAUUUUAAAUACAAAAUGUGAAACUGGAACAACCAACACUGUUGGUGGCAGGUUCAUAUUUUGGAAAAUGUUGAUAGAAAUGAUAGCAAUUUAAUGUUAUUCAUUUUAUGCUGUUAACAUGACAAUCACUCAUUUCCACUUUGAGAUACCAUCCACACCCAUCUCUACAGGAAAAACAAAAAUACUGAGCCUACAAUUCUUUGUGAUAGUUGUCCAUGUUAAGUGUACACCUGCUUAUAAAUCCAUUCUUGCAGAGGAGUCACAAUUAAAGUUGAAUCGAUCACAUUACAGCAACAAUGUCGCCAUUUCACCUCAUGAGUACAAAGAACUGUUUAAAUAUUGUUUUCCUGAUCUGAAAGUAACCACACAUUGGGGUAUUAGUGAGGGGAAGAAUCAUAUCACAGGUAACCAGCUUACAUACAGAAACCAGGCCUGCAUGUUUCACUGUUAAUUCCCAGUCGCCUCUAUUACUCCACCMCUCUCCUAUAAAACACAUUGCAUUUCUUUGGUGUGCAAAUAUUGUUCCUAGUUGAGCUUGCAUGCCUAGAUGUGUAUGUUUGGGCAAAAUUGAGAGAGAGAAAGUACCAUUUCCAUUUUAGCUGACACUUUUAUACAUUUUCAUAUUGGUCCCCUGUGGGAAUCAAACCCUCAACCAUGGUGUUGCAAGGACCAUGCUCUACCAACUGAGCUACACAGAACCUUAGUAGGUAUGCAGAUUGUGUGCAUCGCCGUAAGAGCAGGCAGCACUUGCGGUCAUUUUGUUUAGUUAUUUUGACCAUCUGCAUAUUUGACUGCUCCUGCUGACUGGACCAGCAGUUGGUGUGUGUGUGUGUGUGUGUGUGUGUGUGUGUGUACUGUCUGUGUGUGUGUGUGUGUGUGUCAGAUCGUGUGGCUCCUGACGAAUCAGAGUAGCAGUAGUUCCACCUGCAGCCCAUUAACACAGACGUCUCCUCCCCUUGCUCUAGCUUCACAGAAAGACCUUGUUUGCAGAGUCGGUGUUUCUGUCAAAAGAAUAUACUUCUUCAGUCUGUGCUCAGACCGAUGCGAACCGCACAAUAACAGAGAGCGCAAACGGGGUCAGCUUGGGAGUCGUCACCCAGCACACUUUUUUUAAGCUUUCCGGGUGAAAUGGUGCUCUCAUCAUUUAUCAUCAUUAUCAUCCUUUAUUGCACAUUUAAAUCCACAUUCAGCGCGCCCUCUUCAUGCCCCUUCCCUUCGUGGAGUGCCCAUCACCCAACCCACACAGGAGGUGGAUGCCUUUGGUAUGCUGAGUGGAUCCAGGUUUCAGGCGCCAACUAACACAUGGGUCUGUGGUUUGAUGGUUUAAGAAUCAGAGCAAGGAAUUAUUUGACUGUUAUCAGUAGUGUGUGUUCUGUUCUUUCUUUCUUUUGGUCUGCCCUUCCAUAUUUUUCCUGUGUACUUUUUGUAGGUUGCUGCUGUUGAAACAUCCUCCUUUGUUGGACUCUGUGUUAUACUGAGGAACAAUUAACUAUUUUGUAUAAAGAUGUCUCUUUUCUAUGUGAAUAAAGGAGACGUGCAAAGCC